AUGCGCAUGAAGAUACCCCAGCCGAUCCAACUGUGGUUCAACGAAUUCAAUUCCAAAGUUAGUAUUCUCAGUAAACAUGGUAAAAAUGAGGAGUCCGGAGUGGAUAUGCAAUGUUUUCUGUCCAAACAGAAAGCCAAUCCGUUUCUACUCAUCGGUAUAAAUACGCUAAUUUUGGAUACAGUGACCGUGUUUCCACCUGCUGAAGGCACAUUAGAUGCUCUCCAUGUAAUAUGCAGGCAACUACUCACAUUCUACCGUACAAAAACAAGAGAACAAGAUCAGAUAACUUUCGGCUGUGGAGAACGUUCCAUUUCCACUCAGUUUACUGUUCAUCGUGGAAAAUCGGGCAACACAGUUCAAAGCGGCGGUCUCGAACCGUCUUCAGCCAGUUCAACUGGAAAUGUGAAGCGAGAGUUAGAUGACGUGGACGAAAACGAAACGGUCCUGGCGGUCGGAAAAAGGUCGAAAUCGGGAUCGAAACAGGAUAGCUUGGGUGAUGUACCAAGAAUAGUUGAAAUGUUAGAAGAAUUUCUCUAUCAAAUCUAUGCGUUGUCAGUUGGACGUCAAGGAAAGGAUAAUGAAAGAAACAAAACUGAGGCCGACCGUGUAGGACAAACCGUCAGUAGAAUCAAUGAUCAAACACGUAUGGCUGUGAUAACCACGAUUUUGCAUGAGAUAAAUGAAUUCGCGAGCGAACUGCCGGACUUCGCUAUGCGUUCCCUUUGCCGUGUUGCCAUUCUGACCAGUCCGCAUCGAGAUCAGCGACAAAAAGCAACAAUGGAAAUGACAGUGAAAGAACAUUCUCCCCAAACGGUUGGCGUGAACAUGGAGAAAAUUACUGAGGAUGAUGCAGAAACAGACCAGUGUCCAUCCAAAACGCUGCAAACAACAAUUGAAUCGCAGGCACCGGAUUUGGACACCGAAUCAAACCAGGAGGCACUGUCCCCGCCGAUUGCCCCAUCUGUCAGAAGCAAGUUCAAACGACGCAUGUCCAAAAUCGCGCACCAAAAUUUGCCAGUCCAUUCGAAAAAAAUUGAGUCGUCCGCGUUUGUCUAUCCGAGAAUGCAGGGACUAACUGAAUCAUUUGUGUUGGAACUUCUGUUCAGCCUUCGUUCUUAUAAAAUCGAUGUCAAAUCUGAGUAUACGCGGCUUGCUCUGACCUCAAUCGAAAAUCGUGCAACCAUGGAGUUGUGGUCCAAGGCUUUGUUGGUCAUCAAUGCGAUUAGAAAACUGGUAGAACUUCAAUCAACCACAAAGGACCAACUCCAUUCGGAAGGCAUUAAAACAUCUUCCUCGCCCGUGCGUCGUAGUUCCCAAUCCUUCCAGUUCUCUUCCCUAAAUCCGCAGCAAAUAAGCUUGGCCAGUGCGUACUGCAGCCUUUGGACAGAACUGGUGGACAAGAAAGAUCAGACGGACAAUGCAACUCAAGAAAAUUCGUUCGCUGUGAACUCAAAAUUGGUUCAGGUUGCCCGUGACAAAUUUAUGCGCUCGAUUGUGACGAAUGCGAAUUUCCAGACAACAAAACCGCCGGACGAUAUCCCAUUACACACAGAAACUGGCAAAGGAAAAUCUGACAGAAUGAAACGAAGUUCAUCAAUGGAUAAUCCGUUCACACAAUUAGGAACCAACAUCGACCGCGCGGAAGCAUGGAAUGGAGGCAUCCAAAACCUAAAGAUUGAUGAAGACAUUAGUCCGGCUUGGACGUCUUCCAAGGGCUGGUUGAAGAAGGCAUUUAAUUCCAAAAAAGCCAAUCUGAAUAAUAAAGAAGUUUUGAACUAUGUGACUUUUUCGCUUAGCAGUUUCAACUAA